UACUAUACCUAACAUAAUUUCUUAAACAAAAAAUAUGAAUUCUUCUAAAACAACUACUCUUUUCAUAUUACUUAAUCUAACUAUUUUCACAUGUGUCUCAUCCACCAACCCACCAUGCCCUCCAACAUCUCUCCCUAAACCACCAACCAGUAGCAAGUGCCCUAAAGACACCCUAAAAUUUGGUGUUUGUGGUGACUGGCUAGGGCUAGUUCAUGAAGUCAUUGGAGCUCAACCAGAUAGUGAAUGUUGCACAUUGAUUAAAGGUCUAGCUGACCUUGAAGCAGCAUUGUGUUUAUGCACAGCAAUUAAGGCUAAUGUGCUUGGUGUCCUUAAGGUUAAUGUCCCUAUUGCUCUUAGUUUGGUGCUCAAUUCUUGUGGAAAGAAGGUUCCGGAAGGGUUUAAGUGUGAAUGACAUUUUUUUUAGUUUUAGUUCCUUAAUGUUGGUGUAGUGUCAACUGUCAAGUGUGUAUUUGUUUGGAUAAUAAUCAAGCAAUUGUUUUAAUA